AUGUUUUCUCAAGAUAUGAAAAUUUUUUCAUUAAUUAUAAUCGUUGCGUCUCAUAUAUCUAUAUUUUCAUUUUCACAAAAUAAUUCUAUUCAAAAUGAUAAUCAACAACAAUAUUUUUUAAUUUUUCAAUCACAACCAUCAGAAGAUUUAUUAAAAAAUCUUUCGUCAAAAUAUUCAAAUGUUGGUGAAUUAAUUACUUUUAGUGAAAAUUUACACUUUUUACCGGGUGAAUUUGAUAAUGAAUUUAUUGAAACGUUUAAAGAUUAUAAUGAAAGUGUCGAAGAAAAUUCUUUAAAUAAUAAUGAAAAACAUUGGAUUGUUGCAGAAAAUGGAAUUGUUAGGGCUUUAGAUAAUGUGGUACCUGAAGAUUAUGUGACUGGAAAUUUUUGUUUUCAAAAGUUUAAUCAAGAUAUAUUUGAAAACAAGAAAAGUAAUAACUGUGUACAAGAUUUUGUUCAAAGUUGGGGAUUAGAUAGAAUUGAUCAACGUUCACCCCUGUUGUCGAAAACUUAUUCGUACCCUGAAUCUGCAGGUUAUGGUGUAGACGUUUACGUUGUUGAUACAGGGAUUGAUAUCGAUCAUCCAGAAUUCGAAGGUCGUGCAAGUUGGGGCAUAACCACUACUAAACGAAACACGGAUAAGGAUGAAAAUGGACAUGGCACUUUUGUCGCAGGCAUAAUUGGGGGUAAAACUUAUGGUGUGGCAAAACGAACCAACCUUAUCGCUGUUAAAUCACUUGACGAUGAAGGAACUGGCUCGAUUAAAAGUGUUCUUUAUGGACUUCAAUAUGUAAUUCAAAGUCAUUUGGCUAAAGGUGGUAAAGGAAAAACAGUUGCAAACUUGUCUCUGGGAUCUGAAUAUAAUAGAGCAGUGAAUCUUGCAGUCAGUGAACUAGUCAAGCAUGGAAUAAUAAUAACAGCAGCAGCGGGUAAUGGAUUAGAAGGAAAAGGUGUCGAUGCAUGUCAUGUAUCACCAGCGAGUGCUCGAACAGCAAUAACUGUCGGGUCCACUACUCAAACAGACCAUAUUUCGCGCUUCUCGAAUUAUGGUGAAUGCGUGAACUUAUUUGCUCCUGGUCAAGGAAUCCUUUCUUCUUAUCCUUUUUCACAGAACGGUACUUCAAUUAAAUCAGGAACAUCAUUUGCUUGUCCUUAUGUUGCUGGUGUGGUUUCAUUAAUACUCUCUGAAUUGAAGCCACAACAAAUAUCACUCUUGUCAAUCAAAUCAUCGAACGCGAGAUCGAUAUAUAUCCUCGAUCUCUUGGAAAAGCUUGCAACAAAAAACGUAAUUAAUGGACUAAAUGGAACAUUAAGUCCAAAUAUGUUGAUAUACAAUCAAGUGCAAGAACUUACAGAUGUUGAAA